AAGUUUAUAAUUUUGCUUUAUGCUUCCUGUUUGUAAUUUAAUUUUGCUUUUUGUGGAAUUUAUCAUAUCACGUUUAUUGGCGUUUUAAUUGCAUUAGUACAUUAACUUUUUUGUAGCCUUUCAGUCAGUCUUCUUUAAUCAUUCUAAACUUUAAAGAAUGAAGUAUAUUUUCGGCUGGAUAAAAAUAUGUAUGGAGAUCCAGCAAAUUUUAGUUUGUGUUGAUUUUGAUCAUACAUUGGUAGACUGUAAUACUGACCUUUGGAUGAAAGCAUUAGCCAAUGGUGAAGGUAUCCCGGAGGACAUUGAAAAUUUAUCUAAAGUGCCAAAUGGAUGGACAACAUACAUGAGAGAACUCUUUAAAUAUUUACACAAGAAAAAUGUUACUAAAGAAGAUUAUAUCAAUCGUCUAGCUCAAUUACCUAUGGUAGAUGGAAUGAAAGAUCUAUUACUUGAAAUUUAUGAAAAUGGUGGUAGUGACAUAAUUAUACUGUCUGAUGCUAAUAUGUUUUUUAUACAGUGUUUUUUACAUCAGCAACAGUUAAAUAGUGUUGUUAGUAAGGUAUUUACAAAUCCUGCAGAAUUUGAUUCUGACGGUUGUUUGCAUAUCAAGGAAUUUCAAAACCAGAAUAGCUGUAGCAGGUGUCCACCUAAUUUGUGUAAAGGUUUAGUUUUACAAAAUUAUGUAUCCCAAAAAAUGUCUGAAGGUAUUCAGUUUUGUAGGAUUUUGUAUAUAGGUGAUGGACAUAAUGAUGUUUGUCCAGCUCUUAAAUUGAGACCAAGCGAUUAUGUUUUUGCAAGAGUGGGUUAUCGUUUAUUAAGAUCUCUUGAAAAGAUGCCAGCUAAAGAUGUAAAUGCUGCAGUAGUACCUUGGGAAACUGGACAUGAUAUUCGAAAUAUACUACUGUCCUCAUAAAUUAAUUUGUUGAAAAAUGUUUUUCAACAUGAAUAUUAUUUUUUAAUUAAUUCAGUAUUAAGUAGAAUGAAAUUGAAGAGAUGUGCAUUUACUUAAAAUGGGGCAAUGUUCGAUAUAAUAUCGAAAUUUUCCAUGGCAUUUAUUUUUUGGUUGUAUCAAAUUUUGUUACAUUAAUUUAUUGCACAUUUUAAAAUAUUGAAUCGAAAAAAUUUUACUUUAUAAUUAAAUAAAUUUAUUUGCAACAUUAAAAAUGAGAUUACAUUAAAGGAUACUAGUUUCCUCUAACUAGAAAAUUUCAUGAACACAAGAAUUAAUUAUUAUUUCUUGUAUCAAUAAUUUAAGUACCAUAACUGUAUAAUGUAUAAUAAAAUGCUUUCAAGAAUUUUUUUUUCUUCUUCCUUAAAAUAAAUUUAACAUUUGGACAAAAUUUGUACAGUUCUUAUUGAUUUAAAAGAACAAAUGAAAAAAAUUGCAUUUGCAUAAAAUGAAAUAUGAUAUGAAAUUAAAAGGUUUACUGAUAUUUUAGAUUUGCCAAGUUUUGCCUUUUAACAGCAUUAAAAAAAUUUGGAAUGUUUUGAGUUUGCAUUCUUUCAUUGUCAGGAUUAAUUUGUUUAUAGUAAAUCCUAUUUACUAUAGGAUGUAUUUGUAGUACUAUUCUAAAUGUGACUGAAAGCAGAUCUAAAAAAUUAUCAAUAUAUGUAAUUUCAAAAAUUACUACCAAAACAAUCGUAAAAUUUGUACUCAAACUGCCUCACAUUUGUGUAAAGGGCGAUUUAAAAAUUUUUCUUUGGACUCGCAAAUUUUUUUUUGUUCUUGAUAGAUGUGCCAACUCCAUAAAAAUGAUAGUAAUAAAAGAAAAAUAUUUCAAAACGAAUGCAGAACAAAGUUAUGUACGUUAAUACAUAUUGGUUGUAAGGUUUAUCCUAAGUUUAUAACAGUUAUUUUAAAGUUUGUCACACUUUUCUAUCCUUCCUAAUUUCAGCUUACAAUUCUUACCAGAAUGAGUUUUUAGAAUCGCGUUAAAUGCAAAUGAGAAGGAGUAGUAUUUAAGUCGGAAUUCCACUGACUUUGGUAGAGAGAAUUCAAUUUCCUGAAUAGCGUGCAUUUGCCCUUUGACUAUGUUUCUCUAAGCUGUUACUACAUUCAGCAGUAUUGCGUGCCCUUGAUAGCUUCGCUAGCUAAUUUAAAUUAAUUAGAAAUUGUGUUAAGUUCUUAUUUCUUAUAUUUUUGAGUUUAAGCUCAAGUGGAGGCUUUGUUAUGCAUCCUGAGAAAGAAACUGUCUGUACACCUUUAGUUUGAGCAAUAAAGGGUAAUUAACCCUU